AUGAGUGUCCUAAAGAAACUAAGUGAAUUAGUAACCAAAAAUGAUUUGGAAAAUAAGAUACUAAUCACACCUAGUUUAUUUUCUUCUCCUUUACUUCCUUCCAAAAAUAUAAACGUACCUAAUACUAAUUCAAAAAAUAUAAAUGAUCCUUCAACUAAAACAAAAAAUAUUUCAAAACUUUAUGAAAACCGCCAAAUAUCUGUGGGUAAAAGAUCAGCCUAUCAAAAAAAUUUAGUCAAAGAUUACUUAUCAUCGUUUGAACAUAUACGUCCGUUCAAAAGACUCACUAUUCAAGAUGAUUACGAUGUUGAAAGGGCCAAAAAGCUUAAUUUGUUUAAGAAAAAAAUAAGUACCAACCCUAAAUUUAAAGAAACUCAAGAUGAAAUAUUUCUCGGUAGAAUAAUCCCAAUUCUCAUACGACAAUGUAAAAUACCUGUAAAUAAAACUAAAUUGCAUUUUUCCUCGAUACCGAAAAGGAUAUACCCAAAGGACUCAUAUGACGAAAUUCCAAUAAUACCUAAUUUUCAAGAAGAUCCUCAAGCAUUUGCCAAUUAUAUUGGUUUAUUAACACAUACAAAUUUCCAUUUUAAAAACUCAAGUUCUACAAAUGGAAUUAUACCAACUCUAUUAAGGACAUUAUUGCAUCCGAUGAAUAAGACUACCGGACCGUAUCAAACCACUGAAACAUUCAAUGACAUGAUAUAUUAUUUUUAUCAGAAAUCAGAUCUAGCAUCCAUGAGAGAAUCUUUAGCAAUUUUAAAAUUGAGUAACUGUAAACCAGACAUUAAAACUUAUAAUUUAAUGCUAUCAGGAUUAUUAAAAAAUUCAAACAAUGAAAGCAGUCCCAAUGAAAAUAAAAAUUUGAUAUAUUAUUUAGAGAGAAUGAUAAAGGAUGAAGUAAGGGCUGAUAGUAUAACAUGGAAUAUUUUGUUUCAGUUUCUUGAGACUGAUAAAGGUAGAACUGUCUUCAUGGAAGCAAUGAGAGAUCUGAAUAUAGAAAUAACCUAUCGAUUUAUUAUCACAUUGAUUAAAAACUCUCAAUCUACACAAACAAUGAGUGGCUUAUCAAUAUUAAAAUUAUUCCAACAAUAUAAUAUUCGAAUGAAUAAUGAUAUUUUAAAAUUCUGUAUUAAACGAUUUCUCAGAGAUGGUCAACUAAAUCAUGCUUUGACUACGAUUGAACAUGUUUCCAAAGAGACCAAAUCUUCGAUGGCGGAAGGUAAUUUAAUUAUACCGACUGUUAUUAAUAGUGAUACAUUAAAUUUAUUUCUAUAUCAUUUUGGUAACGCCGGUCGUUUAGAUCUUUCUUUAAUGUCAUUCAAUACAUUUACAAAAGAUUAUGAUGUAAAACCUAAUUCAACAAAUUUUGAAAUGUUAUUCAAAUCAUUAGUUCGUAAUGGUUAUUCCAAAAAUUUUCCAAUUAUACAUAAAUGGAUAAAAGUAAUUCGUUUAAAAUGGACAAAAGAGAUGCGCAACAAUUAUUGGAAAGUAAAAGCUGAUUCUAUUGCUAAAUUCAAUUGCUUAAAAGAUGUUCAUGAGGAUGAUAUUAAAAUAUUUGAUACAAUGAUAAGUAAUUUCAAAUUGAAAGAAAAUAACAGUAGUGGAUAUAAUACAUGGAGUAAUGCUACAAAGGAUGAAAGAAAAAUAUUACGAUAUAUUAAUUGUCGACCAAAUAGUAUUAUGAAAGAGAAAUUAAUAAAUAAUAAGACAAACAAUUUGAUUAAAAAUAAUAAAAACACAUAUCAACAAAAAAAGAAGUACCGUGAAAAUAUUUGUAAGAUUGCAAUAAAACAUGCAACGAUUAAACGUAUUCCAUAUGCGGCUGAUUGGUAUGAGGGUCUAAAUAAAGAAUUAAAAGAUCGUAAAUUAUUACAAGAGACAACCUCAUUAGAUUAG